AUUGGCGUCGUGAAGAACCUAUCAGUCACAAUCCUUACCACUAUCACAGCCUAUCUCACGCAGUCGUCGACGCUACUCAGGUCAGGGUGCAGAAAGCCAGGAUCGUGCAUGAACACCUGUCUGGGCAGUUUUCUUCAGCCCCCUCUUCUUGUGCAACUGCCUUACGUGCGUCUUUGCCGGCAAGGAUCUCAUGCUGCCACUGGCUGCUCGAGACAAGCAGGGCGAAAUGAGCCUCUCAGGCAGCCUUUUAGACUGUUUGCCAGCACACCAUGAGGGUGGUGGGCUGAUGCUUCAUCGACAGGCUUGUGACACGCUCCGGUAAGGGCAAAAGUCGAUAUGCAAUUCAGUCGGCCUCCUCUUGCGCUUUCAGCCGUUACCGCGACAGCAAGAGUCCGGGAUGGAAGGUUACGACAGUUUGAGCGCCCUGAUGGGCAAAUACCCUGAACUUGCAAUAUUUCGCAAAUACUCUACGUUGAAUUGCCGAAACCUGCUACUCAUGCAAGCCGAAUUGGCUGAGAAGCAGGGCCGUCUGCUCUCCAUAAUCGCAGCCGACCGAGAAUCGAAAGUGAAGGCGAGGGCGUCAUUCCCGCACAAUUUCACCGCAAUGAUGGAAGACACGACUGAAGGAGGAAGCAAACAACGAGAGAUGAUGAUGGAUAUCCGGCAGCUUCUCAAGGAGUACGGCAAGUGUUCGGAAAGCCUUCUUCGAUACCGGCAGAUAGAAGGCCUGCCUUCGGUCCACAAAUCGAACCUCAAACACCUCCGCGAGGUUUUGAGGAACAUGGACUUUCAGGUUCGCCGCGAAUGGGCCGUUUGGGGCGAGGAAGAGCAUGAAUACGACAUGACUUCGCUGAUAGACGCGGAAGGUGAGAGGGACACACUCUCACAAUGGCUGGCAUGGUGCGUGUCACAUCCGUACCACCGGCUCAUUGGAGGCAAGAUUCACCCUCGUCUCGACGUGGAUGAAGCAUGGCGUCCAGCUCUUCCAUUGAAGUUGACAUACUACUCGAACGAGCAUAUCGCCAAAGUCGUGACAAUCUUGACGACUAUCCUAGCACCGGUCCUGCCCACAUCCGGCGCCAUAGUGCUUUAUUUCAUCGAUAACCAACUCAUCAGGCUCGGCGUCAUUGUGAUUCUUGGAUUUUUCUUCAGUGCUGCACUCACGCUGCUGGGUACGCCUCGAAGAAUCGACUCGUUUGCGGCGACUGCUACAUUCAUCGCUGUUUUGAUCGUGUUUGUCGGGAAUGGGACGGGCUGUGCGUGCUGAGGACGUGAAACCGGGCGCGACAGGGCGAAUUUGGCCAGUCUGCACGAUGGACAAUGAAGGACAUGACCAGAGCUAACAUGCAUCCCGAUACUGUAGUACGAUGGGUCAUUUCCUUGCGAUCUGGUACUGCUCCGUUUUCAGCUGCAAUAUCCUCCUACACAGAACUUCUCCUUUCUCAGAACUGGAACCAUAAGGUCAUAAUUGUGCUUUGAUACCAACUCGAGUGGUCGUGAACUGUCUUUCGCGGAGCCUAC